GUGGUUCUAACAAUUUUGACUCUAACAUUGACAUUCAUUGUUGUUGAUGCUAAACAGAAACAAAAACUUCAAGUGCCUUUUCCAAUAUUAGGAGGAGGUGUAGCAGCAGCAGCAAAACCUGAUUUUCUGACAGAAUCAACUGGAAAAUGGGAGUUGCUUUCACCAAAUUCAGGUGUUUCUGCCAUGCAAAUUAAUUUGAUGCCAACAAAUAAGAUUCUUGUUUAUGAUGCAACAAUUUAUCGUCUCUCUAGACUUCAGUAUCCAAAAGGAGAACCAUGUGUUCCUUACAAAGAUGAUAGGACUCAAGAAAAUAAAAUUGAUUGUUUUGCUCAUUCUAUGGAAUAUGAUCUUGCAACAAAUCAAGUUAGGGCACUCAAGUUAACACAAGAUCCAUGGUGCUCUUGUGGAGGUCUUGCACCUGAUGGUUCCCUAGUAAGUUCUGGUGGUUUUCUAGAUGGAACAAGAACCAUUAGACACAUUGGUGGUCCUGAAUGCAAAGGCAAUUGUGAUUGGAGAGAAUAUAAAAAUUCAUUGCAAGAGGAUAGAUGGUAUGGAACUCAAACAAUCCUUCCAACUGGAGACUUCAUUGUAAUAGGAGGACGUAGAGCAUUUAGCUAUGAGUACCUUCCAAGACAAGAAGGCCUAAAAGUUGAUAAAGUCUUUUUCUUCCCCUUCCUCUAUGAAACUUCUGACCUUGAUGAAAACAAUCUUUAUCCAUUUACUCAUCUCUCAACUGAUGGUAACCUCUUCAUCUUCUCCAACAACCGCUCUCUUCUCCUUAACCCUAAGACCAACAAAAUUGUUCGCACGUUUCCGGUCCUCCCCGGAGGAUCCCGAAAUUAUCCGGCUUCCGGUAGUUCUGCCCUCCUUCCUAUAGAUCUAUCUAACCAAGACAAAAAUGGUCCUUACAAGGCAGAAGUCAUUGUUUGUGGUGGUAACUCUCAUGACGCUUUCUAUAUUGCCGAAACAACGAAAACAUUCCGGCCUUCUCUCAAAGAUUGUAACCGAAUGGUAAUCACCGAUAAAGUCGUGAAAUGGGAAACCGAACAAAUGCCUACGAGUAGAACAAUGGGUGAUUGUCUAAUCCUUCCUAAUGGACAACUUUUGUUCAUCAAUGGUGCACAAAAAGGAACAGCUGGAUGGUGGGAUGCUGAUUCACCAAACCUAAGACCAGCAUUGUAUAGUCCAGAGAAACUAAAUGGUCAAAGGUUUACGGAAAUGGCUCCAACAAAAAUAUCAAGAAUGUAUCAUUCAACUUCAGCAGUGUUACCUAGUGGAAAAAUUUGGGUAGCUGGAAGUAACACUCAUGAUACAUACAAAGAUAUUGAUAAGUUCCCAACUGAGACAAGAGUUGAAGGGUUUUCUCCUCCUUAUUUGGAUCCAAUUCUUGACAAAUAUAGACCAACCAUUCUUGCAGACUUUACAGGAAAAAAUUUGAAGUAUGGUCAUAAAUUUGAGAUACAAUUUAGUCUGCCAAAGGAUUUGGAAAACGAUAAUUUGAAUAAGGGUGACAUUAAGGUUACUAUGUAUUUUCCACCUUUUACUACUCAUGGAUUUAGUAUGAGUCAAAGGCUUUUAGUGCUCAAUAUUAGGACUAUGUCUACGGAUCGCAACGGAGGUUAUAGUAUUAUAGCCUUGGCGCCGCCUUCUGGUGAAAUUGCUCCUCCUGGAUACUAUUUGCUCUAUGUUGUUCAUCGCGGCGUGCCUAGCGAGGGAUUGUGGGUCCACAUCGACAUGGCUAUUUGA